AUGGCUGCUGAUGGAUCAAUUGCUGGAACAACACGUGCUAAUGCUGACACUUCUUUCAGCUAUUUAUCCUCUUUUGAGUUUGUCUUUGUAUUAUGUAUGAUGAAGGAGAUACUAGAGAUAACUGAAGGACUUGGCCAAGCUUUACAACUAAGAUCACAAGACAUUGUAAAUGAUGUUCGUCUAGUAUCUGCUACAAAAGAGUGUCUUCUUCAGUUGAGAUCAGAUGAUGGUUGGGAACAAUUCUUCUUCACAGUUGUUGAUUUUUGUGUAGAGCAUGGCACCACGAUUCCGGACAUGGGGGAAACUUAUAUCAUGCGUGGAGGUCGAGCACGGCAUCAACCUGAUCAUUUCACUAAGGAGCAAUAUUUUCGAGUGGAGAUAUUCCGUGCAACUAUUGAUUGCCAGCUACAUGAAUUGGAUCGCAGGUUCAGUGAGAAGAUAAUGGAUCUUCUAUCCACCAGUGCCACUCUAAUUCCUAGAAACAGAUUUAAGUCUUUUAAAGGCAGUGAUAUAUGUGAGUUAGUAAAGAAGUACUACCCCGCAGAUUUUACUCAACAAGACCGCUAUGGAUUAGAACAGCAACUGAAACCCUUUGUUAUUGAUGCUUCUAAUGAUGAAGAGUUGAAAAAUAUCUCAACCUUGACAAACCUUUGCCAUUGCCUUGUUGAGACGGGAAGAGAUGCUAUCUACAAUCUGAUUGUCAGAUUACUCCGUCUACUUGUAACUCUUCCAGUUUCUACAGCAAGCGCAGAACGUGCAUUUUCAAGUUUGAAGAUCAUCAAGACAAGGCUGCGUAAUAAAAUAGGAGAUGUGAAUCUUGCUAAUAAUUUGGUAGUUCACAUAGAGCGUGAAAUUGCUGAGAAGUAUGAUUUUGAGUCUGUUUUAACAGAAUUUAAGAGGAAGGGUGAUCGGAAAGCUGAUCUUUAG